CGCCCCGCCCCGGCUGCGAAGCGUCUGGAACCGCAUCCUUCCUCCGCAUCCUCGUCCUGCGACCGCAUCGUGCAGCAGCUGCCCGUUGGAGCCGCCUGUGAGCCAUUUCCACCUUUCUCCUUGUGGAGCGGGGGCAAGGGGGGCCGAGUGUGUGCAGGGGAGUGUGCACGGGUGUGUGAGGUACGUGUACAGACAGGACAAGGACCACCGCUCACCAUGGUGAAGCUGGGUUGCAGCUUCUCGGGCAAGCCGGGCAAAGACCCCGGGGACCAGGACGGGGCGACCACGGACAGCGUCCCUCUGAUCAGCCCCCUGGAUGUGAGCCAGCUCCAGCCGCCUUUCCCUGACCAGGUGGUUAUCAAGACGCAGACGGAAUAUCAGCUUUCCUCCCCGGACCAGCCAAAGAAGUUCCCUGACCUGGAGGCCCAGAAGCUGGCCUGUAACCACCCAGAGGAAGGGCGCAGGCUGCCCACGGCGCGGAUGAUCGCCUUUGCCAUGGCGCUGCUGGGCUGUGUCCUAAUCAUGUACAAGGCCAUCUGGUAUGACCAGUUCACCUGCCCGGACGGCUUCCUGCUUCGGCACAAGAUCUGCACCCCGCUGACCCUGGAGAUGUACUACACCGAGAUGGACCCCGAGCGCCACCGCAGCAUCCUGGCGGCCAUCGGGGCCUACCCGCUGAGCCGCAAACACGGCACCGAGACGCCCUCGGCCUGGGGGGAGAGCUACCGCGCCGUCAAGGAAGGGCCCAAGGCGCCCACCCAGGCGGGCGCGGCGGGGUCGGCGGCGGCGGCGGCGGCGGCGGCGGCGGGGGCGGGGGCGGCCACCGAGCCCCCCAGCAAGGUCUCCGCGCCGGGAGAGAAAGAGGCGGCGCGGAAGGCGGCCGGCAGCGCCCCGCCCCCGGCCCCGCAGUGAUGGCCUCGGCGCCUGCAGCCCGGCGCCCCGCCGGCACCUGUGACCGCCCUCGCCCGACGCUGUCCCACGCUGUGGUCGUGCUCCUGCUUCCAGAACUCCUCGCUGAUGCCCCUGCCCCCAGCCCGAGCUUGUAGCUCUGUUGCUUUUCUCUAAGUAAAGAUUCACAUCCGCCUG